UAAUAAUUGGAAAAUCAACUGAUAAAACAGUGAUAGUAUGAAUUUCUUAAGAUUAUUAAUCGUUUUGUUGUACAGCGCUUUCUUUAUGAAAAUUUGUUUCGCUGGAUCAGAUAUAGGAAAUAAUUCAUCUGUCGAACCAGUUUUAAGAGAUAUUUUGCUGAACAGAGUGGUACAAAUGAUGAGAUCAGACCACCAUCUUGGACUUUUGAAAAAUAUGGUUAUAAAUGUCUACUUUCGAGGGCCGUUAUUACAUAGAGAUCCUCCAAAAGAAAAUCCACCAGUAUCACCAGUGCCCACUGUAUUUGUUCCGACUCUACUUCCUCCCAUUGAUUUAUUGCCACAAAACUCACAAAAUUAAUGUAAUAUACAGCUUGUUCUCUAUUAAAAAAUUAAUUUUAGUUUUUAUUAUCAUUUAAAAAUUUUAACAAAACAUAAAUUAAAUAUUAAAUAUAAUACUGUAUUAAUAUUAAUUAAAUUAUAGUGUCGAACGGUGUGUACAAGCUACUGAGGUGUGUUUUUAAUUUGUAUUGUAUUAUGGUUUACAGGUUGAAAACUCUGAUUAUAAUUAGAGCGUGUAACCGGUUAAAUUAAUUAUAAAUAUAAUUAAAAAUUGCAGCCCGACAUUGUGACAAUACCACAAUAAAUAAUUAUUCGUUAUUCAUUCUAUUAAUUUGUCUUCUGAAGUAAAAAUUAUAAAAUUAUUCUUUAUUUGAUCCAUUGAAAACAGUAAGGCAUCUUUUUAAACUUUAGUCGAAGGCAGAAUAACUUGUACUAAGUUAUUACAUUACAGUGAUGAAGUAAAAGCAUAGAUAAGAUAGAUUAAUGGGCAAUUCUACCAAUACCUUGAAGUCUUGUACUGUAUAAUUCGAUUUUCCACAAAUCCAUAAUCCACAGAACUCCCGAAUUCCGUAUUCGUGAAUAAUAAAUUUAUUACUUUAAUCAUAAUCAGUUAUUUGUUUAACUUUUUAUAUCUGUGAAUAAAAAGCACAUAAG